GUGUGCACGUAAUUCGUAUGGGAAACGAAAUUUGAGUGUAUAUUUGUGAAGAAUUCUUUCUACAAUAACACCGAUUUUUCGAUAAGGCUAAGAUACGGUAUCCGGUUACAUACGUCGAUAAUUGCGGCAACCCUCUUCUUUGUAGUAAAAAAUUACAAAUAGUAUCGCAAUACGGAAGAAUAAAACCAGGAAAAUAUACCACCCAAUAAUCAGGCAAUCUCAAACACUGUGAGGUUAUUUGUGUAAAUGAGAAGACACACCCUGAAAUUGGAUUCUUCAACGAGAGACGAUGUUUCGAAGUCGUAGCUGGUUUGGCGGGGGCCUUUGGAAACCUAAAAAUCCACAUUCCCUCGAACAUCUAAAAUAUCUUUACAACGUUUUAUCUAAGAAUCAUACUGUCUCCGAGAAUAACAGAGGCCUACUGGUUGAGACCUUGCGUUCGAUAGCUGAAAUUUUGAUCUGGGGUGAUCAAAAUGAUAGCAGUGUGUUCGAUUUUUUCCUGGAGAAAAAUAUGCUUUCAUUUUUUCUUCGGAUAAUGAAACAGAAAUGUGGUAGCUACGUAUGUGUUCAACUCCUCCAAACGCUCAAUAUCUUGUUUGAGAAUAUUCGCAACGAAACAUCUUUGUAUUACUUAUUGAGCAACAACCAUGUAAAUAGUAUAAUAGUUCACAAAUUUGACUUCAGUGAUGAAGAAGUCAUGGCUUACUACAUAAGCUUUCUCAAAACUUUGAGCUUAAAACUGAACGUGCAUACUAUUCACUUCUUCUAUAACGAGGUAAACGAGCAUACGAACGAUUUCCCACUAUACACCGAAGCUAUCAAAUUCUUCAAUCACACUGAGGGCAUGGUGCGCAUUGCAGUGCGCACUUUGACGCUAAAUGUGUAUCGUGUUGAGGAUGCUUCAAUGCUGGCAUUCAUCAGAGAUAGGACAGCAGCUCCAUAUUUCAGUAAUCUUGUUUGGUUUAUUGGAAAUCACAUCAUUGAACUAGAUACUUGUGUUAGAAACGAUGCUGAUCACCAGAGUCAGAAUAGGCUCUCGGAUUUAGUAGCUGAACAUCUCGAUCAUCUUCAUUACUUGAACGACAUUCUUUGCCUGGAUAUACCGGAUUUAAAUCAAGUUCUUACCGAACACUUGCUUCACAAAUUAUUGGUGCCUUUGUACGUAUAUUCGUUAACCAGGCAUAAGUCACAAUUUUUUCAAACUAAGGAGAAGAAAAAACACGUCAGUGCCGUUGUAUCUUUGUUUCUACUUUCACAAGUAUUCUUGAUUAUAUCGCAUGGACCACUUGUUCACACUUUGGCUGCCAUAAUAUUGAAGUCUGAUUUAGAUAUUAUCGAAAAUGGUGCAAGUAAAUUACUGGAGGAAUAUACAAAUGUGUCCGCAGGUGACAAAAUAGCAUUUGUACAGCCGCAGGAAAGCCUACAAAAAUCGCUCGAAAGUUUGAACGAAACACAGAGCGACGAGGCGGUGUCGGAGAUUGAGUUUACUGCCGCAGAUACAAUUGAGAAAACCACAGAAUGUGAACUGACUGACAAUCCACCUUCAGUUGAACCAAGCACUUCCAGUAAUAUGUCAAAAACUUUGCCACGACCUGAAGUUCUAAAUAUUGACAUUUCAAACGAUACACCAAAUAAAAUAAAGAACCUUAAUGUGACAGAUGAAGAGAAGGAACAGCGGCUGGCUCUCGAAAGCCCAUUAACACCUCAACAAUCGUCGAGUGAUGUACAGGAAUCCUUGGCUAAUAAACCAUUCUUGGAAGCUAUAUUAAAUGCUUUGAGCUCUACGGAAAAUGACUAUGCAGCAUUAUUUUCAUUAUGUUUACUGUACGCAUUAGCUAAUAAUCAGGGAAUCAAGCCUGAAAUGUUGGACCUUGUAUUAUCCCCGUCACAAAAAACAUCUACGAAAAAUUGGUAUAAUGAAAUUCUUGUAGAUAGACUGAUCCAGAUAAUCACGUUGAGUUGUCAAACAAACACUAAGGUACGGUUAGUCACUCUGGAUUUAUCGAUCAAGCUACUUCUACAAUUAGUCAUGUCAGAUGGUCAGAGUUUGUUGCAAGAUUGUCAUUUAGCAGCCAUUGAAUCUGCUAAAGAACAAAGUACUUCGUUACUUAGGAAUUUUUAUAAGAGCGAAGACAUAUUUUUAGAUAUGUUUGAAGAUGAGUAUAGCGAGUUACAAAAAAGGCCUUUGAAUGUUGAGUGGUUGAUGAUGGAUAGCAACAUAUUGCUUCCGCCCACCGGAACUCCGAUGACUGGCAUUGAAUUCAGCAAACGACUACCAUGUGGCGAGGUGGAAAGAGCAAGGAGAGCGAUAAGAAUAUUCUUUUUGAUCAGGGAAUUAUCGUUAACACUUAGUGGACAACCAGAGACGCAUCUACCUUUAACAAAUUUGGCAACCUGCGUCCAGGUUAACAACGUCCUUGAUCUAAACAAUACAGAUCUCAUUUCCUGCACCAUUGUUGCAAAAGAUGGGCAAAAAAUUCGACGAUUCUUAGUGAUGGACUUAAUUCAAAUAAUUCUUGUCGAACCAGAUACAAGGAAGUUAGGAUGGGGGGUAGCGAAAUUAGUCGGCCUACUACAAGACAUAGAAGUUACAGGUGAUAAAGAUGAUUCCAGAUGCCUCCAUUUGACAAUUCACCGACCUUUAAGCAGCAGUGCUACCAAUAGGGUACCCUUGCUUUCGGCAAAAUGUAUUCUCGAUGAUCACAUAAGAUGUAUGGCAGCUAAACAGAGAUUGACAAAAGGAAGAAUCAAGGCGAGACAAAAAAAAAUGAGUCAAAUAGCGAGGCUGCUAGAUAUUCCAACUGGCAUUCCGCACUGUCCCACACCUCCGAAUUAUACAUUGCUCAAUGUAAGACAAGAACGUACAACAGGAAGAGGACAAAAACAAAAAGACCAUCCAAGACCCAUGUUUACAGUAAAUAAAGUCCCAGGAUUUGCAGCUCAAAUGCGACGCGAUAGUUCGGCACGUUCCGUUGCUGGGCAAUCUGCAGCGAACGGUAAACGUUCUGAUAGUAGUCCAAACGGCAAGGUGUGCGAAAAUGGUCUGAAGUCUCGCGAACAUUCGCCGAAAUUACCAAGACCAAGAAGUGAGGAGAUUCCACUUGAAGAUAUGCGUAGUAGAAAUGCGUCUCUAGGGAAAAAUGUCACUUGCCUCCCCAUAGCAAUUCAGGAGAGAAUAGAUAUCACAAUCGCCAACACACCUCCUCUAUCUGACACAUCUCCAGUACUGAGAAAAUCGUCUGAAGAAACUUCGUUCACGUCACCUCAAAAUCAAGGAGAGCCAAAACCCCGUAGAAAGGGUCAGGUUGAAACUGUUUGAUCUUUAUCCGCAAUGUAAAAAGACAUGAAAAUUUAUCAAAUUCAAGAGAAGUCAUAAUGAAUUAUUUGAAGAUUCGGGUAUCAUAGGAAUCACGGCUAUAAUCAAUGUAACAUUACACAAAUUCAUGACGUUCUUUUGCAAUUAUCAAGCUCAUGUUACUGACACAUCCCUACAUAUCAAUACUCAAAAUAAUGAAUUGCUUAGCAAAGUCCUCUUUAAUUAUAUUGUU